CUAUGGAUGUCUGAAGGACCUGACCUGCAGCCUGGAAGACUUGGCCAUCUCCAUGCUGGGCUGGAUUAAGUGCCUGAUGAGGAUGGUGUUUCAUCGAGUUGGGGUCAGCAUGCAGUCAGUCCUUUGGUCUGGAAAACCAUAUGGUUCAUCUAGAAAUAUCGUAAGGAAAAUUGGUACCAGCUUACCUCUGAUUUAGUGUCCAAGAGUUCAGUUUCCACUUACCAGGCAUGCAACAGAAUGGCAUUCCAUCUGUCCAGGAGAGGAUGUAGUGACAUCUUUUGCUGAUGUUGCAUGGAUAGCCACAGAAGAAGGAGAGUGUUCAACAAGACUCAGGGCAGAGAUGAGGUCCAAGCCUCCCCUUGAGGAUGAACUUCCUUUCCUGGACGAGCCCCCAAGCAGGCACAUCUCCUUACUAAACCUGUCUCAAGAGGAGCCUUCUCCAAAGAUAACACUGGCCAGUGAGGAGGCCUUGCAGAAGAUCUCUGCACUUGAGAAUGAGCUUGCUGCCCUCAGAGCUCAGAUUGCCAAGAUUGUGACCCUGCAGGAGCAACAGAGUCCCAGUACAGGUUGCUUAGAUUCUUCCACAUCUGUUACUGUAAUACCCCUCCCUCCUCCUCCCCCUCCUCCUCUUCCCUCUUCCCCUCUGAUCCACCAAGGUAUGUCAGCUCUUGAUCUGAUUAAAGAGCAAAGAGAGCAAAGACUCAGUGCUGGAAAUGGAAAGACUCUGGCUAAGAGUCACCCAAAGAAGCCUGACAUGCCAAAUAUGCUAGAGAUCCUUAAAGACAUGAGCAGUGUGAAGCUACGGUCUGUCAAGAGGUCAGAGAAAGAUGUAAAGUCUAGGCCAGUGGAUAGUACUGACCCUGCUACCAUCAUAGCAGAGGCUCUGAAAAAGAAGUUUGUUUUUCGGUAUGAUGAGGUUGAAAGAGGUCCAAAGCCAGAGUCAGAGACCACCGCAGAGCCAGUCCUGUUUGGCCCACAUAUAUUGAAGUCUACAGGGAAAAUGAAGGCUUUAAUUGAAAACGUUCCAGACUGUUAA